CGGCGUGGCCCACAACGCGCGACCCAGCAGCGUCCAGCGCCCUGCUGCUCUGGCAGCUCUGCUCUGUUCUGUUGCUGUGUGAGACUGUGAGCCUCUCCUUCCUCCCCGCACCGCGCGCACAGAGCGCCAUUUUUAACCCCCACCUUCUCCCACGAACCGGCCGGAGUAUCUUAAGCUUCAAUCCACUGCAGUGCAACUGCAACUGCAAGCUCUCGCUCUCUCUCUCUGCUCGAACGGCUUGCUUCGAACCCACUUGAUCGCUGCGUGCGUCGCCGGCUCCCUCAGCUCAGCUCUCCCCGUACCGUACGUGCGCAGUUCUCGGCACGCUACCCCAUAUAUACCCCCGGCCGGUCUCGGCCGGAUAGAGAUGCACAGGCGGCAGUGACGACGGACGGACUAGGGUAGCUGCUCCUCAGCUAUCCAGAUCGUUCGUUGCCUUCAGCCUUGCUUCCUUCCGUGUCGGGCGGAGGCGGACGCGGACGCGCGCAGCAGCAGCGGGAAUGGGACGCCACGCGGCCUCCGGCGGCGGCGGCGGCGUGCAGCAGAAGCUGCGCAAGGGACUCUGGUCGCCCGAGGAAGACGAGAAGCUCUACAACCACAUCAUCCGCUACGGCGUCGGGUGCUGGAGCUCCGUGCCCAAGCUCGCAGGGCUGCAGAGGUGCGGCAAGAGCUGCCGACUUCGGUGGAUCAACUACCUGCGCCCCGACCUGAAGCGGGGCAGCUUCUCGCAGCAGGAGGAGGACGCCAUCGUCGGCCUCCACGAGAUCCUGGGGAACAGGUGGUCGCAGAUCGCGUCGCACUUGCCGGGCCGGACGGACAACGAGAUCAAGAACUUCUGGAACAGCUGCCUCAAGAAGAAGCUGCGCCAGCGCGGCAUCGACCCCAGCACCCACAAGCCCAUCUCCGCCAACACGGCGGCGGCGGCAUUGGAACAGCCGGCGGCGUCGCAAGAGCGCAAGCCGUUGUCCACAGCCGCCGCUGAUGGCGGCUUCGACACGAAGCACCAGCACCAGCAGGUGUUCGACCCGUUCCCGCUGACCGACAGCUUCGGCGGCGGCUUCGACGCGGCAGCUGGCGCCGCAUUGUAUGGCCACAUGGGCGGCGGCGGCGGCAAGCAGGACGCGGGCGCGUUCGUGGACUACAGCAGCGUGCUGGACGUGUCGGAGAACCUGGGCUACGGCGAGAGCUCCAGCAACAGCAGCAACUGGAACUGCGCGCCGGAGGCGAACAAUGCGCUCGACGGCGGCGACGCGCCGCUGCACUGGGCCUCCGAGAGCAAGGCCACGCCCCACUUCGCCGGCUACGGCGGCGGCGAGGAGCAGUCGCUGGAGGAGCACAAGUUCUUGCUGCCCUGCCACGGGCAGCAGGAGCAGAGCCUGCCGCAUUUCGACUUCGACAUCAGCCGGGGCGCCGUGGUCGGCGACUUCAACCUCGAGUUCUUCUGAAGGUUCAGUUUGUGAAUUUCAUCAGCAAUAUAUAUAUAUAUAAUUACCGUAUAUAUAUACACUGUAUUAUUAAAGGCAUUUCACACGGAACAAUUGGGAGCUUAGAGACCGUGCUUUGUUAAUUUCCUCUAGUCGUCCUUACUCCUCCUUAACAAUGUUUUUGCGCUUCUUUGUUUUUAUGUUUUCUCUAUGUCUAAAAUAAAGGCAUAUAUACAUAUAUAUACAAAUGUAUGUAAACACAGUGUAGUAGCUACUCCUAUAUUAAGGUUUUUGUAUGAGUACGUUCUUACUUUUUCUGUACUCAGUUCA